AUGGCAAUCUCUCUCACGGAUCUGGAGAGUCAAUUCUCUCUUGCUACCAACUCUAUCCAUGUUGAUGAUCGAUAUGCUGGACCGGAGCUGGCACCAGCCAUGCACCCUACGAGCACGUUCAGAUAUCCUCACAACCCGGAUGACUUAGAGCCACAGCAAGCUCUUUCGAAAACCAAGCAUGUAUACGCUAGACUCGCCAGACCCACCAGCUCUCGACUGGAGCUCGUGCUGUCAACCAUCCUCAAGGGGGAGUGUUUGACAUAUGCUACCGGGCUCUCCGCUAUUCAUGCCUAUCUCACAUGUCUUACCCCGAAGCGAGUCGCGAUUACGGGUGGUUAUCACGGUGCACAUGACGUCCUCCGUAUCCAGGAGCGUUUGACAGGGUGCAAAAAGGUUGGAUUGCACGAAACGGACCAGCUCGAGAAGGGAGAUGUGAUUCACCUGGAAACACCUCUCAAUCCUACAGGAGAGGCCCGCAGUAUUGCCGCAUAUGCAAAGAUAGCCAAGGAAAAGGGGUUAUAUCUUGUCGUGGAUUCCACAUUCGGUCCUCCGUCCCUGCAAGAUCCAUUCCUGUGGGGUGCAGACUUGGUGAUUCACAGUGGCACAAAGUAUAUCGGAGGCCACAGUGACAUUAUGUGCGGUGUUAUCAGUGUUCCUCCCGAGCGGCCCGAGCUGUUCAUGAAGCUUUGGGAGGACCGAUGUGCGUUGGGAAAUAUAAUGGGUGGGUUCGAGUCCUGGCUCGGUCUCCGCAGUCUGAGAACACUGGACAUUCGUUGCAUUCGGCAGAGCCAAAACUGUACUGCACUUGUGACGUGGUUAUCCGAGAUGAUCAAGUCCUCCACUCCAAACGCAGUGAACGCCACGAUUGAAAGUCUCAAACAUGCGAGUCUGCAAACAUCCGAUAUGGAAUGGCUUCAGAAGCAGAUGCCCGGUGGAUUUGGACCGGUGUUUUUGAUUGUCAUGAAAAGCUCGCAGCAGGCUAGGCGUCUGCCAAGCAAGUUGCGAAUCUUCCAGCAUGCGACGAGUCUUGGGGGAGUGGAAAGUCUCAUUGAAUGGAGGAAGAUGACUGAUCCAACGGCUGGAGAGAAUAUAAUGCGGGUCAGCAUUGGUAUUGAGACACUGGAGGAUUUGCAACAAGAUCUGCUUAAUGGACUGCGAGCUUUGAUCCAAGAGAGCGGCAAUUAA